AUGGGGAACGCGUGCGUGAAGAACCAGAAUCCCAACGAGGACAUCAAGACCGAGAAGCUCGAUCAUGUCGGCCCGCUGCGCUCCGUACGGCAGCUCUCCUCCGUCUCGGGGGGCGGCCUGCAAACGGCCGCCACCAUGGACAGCGACAGCGCGCCGCAGCCGCGAGCGUCCAUGGCAUGCAUCAACUCGUCCGCUGCACUUGAAGAGAAGCUCGGCCUCGCGAUUCAGAGGUACAUCAGCACGCACGACACCCAAGUCAAGACGCUCAACCAGAUGAUGCUGCUGAUGCCGCAAAUCACGGAGGGGUUCCACGAGUGCGAGGACCUCUUCCGGGACUGCGACGUCGACCGCGACGGCCGCCUGAACCUCCAGGAGUUCCUCGGCGCCCCGGGCCUCCUGUCGAGCGGCGUCACGCUGCGGGAGCUGCGCGAGCUGUUCGCCGAGGUCGACCUGCAGCACACGACGAAGAUCACGAUCCGCGAGUUCCUCGCGCUCCUCACGCUCUUCCACAUCCUCGACGUGACCGACCAGGGCGGGGGGGUGUUGACCCCCGAGGCCGACGCCCCCGUGCCGACCACGCCGUCCGGGCGCGUGCCCGCGAUCGCGAAGGACUCCCUCCGGAACUCCCUCGACCUCGCCAUCUGGUCCUACCUCCUCUUCGACGCCGAGCAGAAGGGCUUCGUCACGCAAAGCGACGUAACGACCACUCUCGCCGAGAUCGGCGUGCGCGCCCCGGUCGGCCCGCAGUCCUCCGUCGGCGCGGGCGUGCCGCGGUCGAGCAACAUCACGGACGCUGGCGCGGCGCCGACGAGCCUGGUCCCGUCGAGCCUGCGCGUCGGGUCGCGCGGGCAGAGCACCGUGAGCGUCGACAAGGGCCCGCGCUCGGUGGGCGCGGGGUCGCGGUCGUCGAUGCAGGAGGUGUGCGAGCAGCGCUUCAAGGAGAUGACGCACAGCUCGAGCGACAAGGUCACCUUCGUGGACUUCGUCAUCUCGCUCGGGUCGUGGUGCGGGAUUGAGGAGUCGGACGGGGAGUACGAGGACCCCAACAACUCCUCGAACUCGGUGCACGGGCCCGUGCGGCGGAUCUUCCGGCGCCGGCGCACGCCCACCGCGUCGACGCCGAAGCCGCAGCCGGCGUACAGCAUCCUGAAGGGGGGGCGGCAGUCGACGGGCGGCGACGAGGAGCGGCGCCGGCGGAGGCGGAGGCGGAGCCUCGCGGCGCAGCGGCAGGCGUCGCAGCGGUCGCAGUCCGCGGGGGGCGAGAAGGCGAUCGGCGGGCGGUCGGUGAGCAUGGGGGCGAAGGGGGGGCAGAAGGCAGGCAACGGGACACAGCCGGAGGACGCGGUCGGGAGCGGGGCGCGGGCGAUGCCGCGGAUCACGUCCGGGGAUUACGAGGAUGACGAGGGCGAGGCGAAGGCGACGAGCCGCGUCUGA